AUGUGGUCGGCCUCUAUCAGACUAGAAAAAGAGGAUAUUAAAGCUAUUCCGGUGUGGGUAAAGAUGCACGAUGUGCCGUUAACGGCAUACACUGAGGAUGGUCUUAGUUUGAUUGCAUCAAAGAUAGGGGUGCCUAAGAUGUUGGAUACGUAUACUGCUACGAUGUGUGCUGAAUCUUGGGGAAGAAGUAGUUACGCUAGAGCUCUUAUUGAAGUGCAGGCAGGGGCUGACUUAAAAAGAAGUGUCACUGUUGCAAUUCCAUCUUUAGAUGGUAAUGGUUAUUCUAAGGUGGAAGUAAAGAUUGAAUAUGAUUGGGAGCCUUUACAGUGUUCUUCUUGCUGUGUUUUUGGUCAUGAUGAUAGUUCGUGCCCAAAGAACCCUCAGGUUGUUCCAAACGGGGAUUCUGGAAAGAAUGUGGAUGAUUUCCAGGAUGUGGGUGCUAAAAAGAAGAAAACUAACAACCAAGGUCUACACAUGAAAAAUCAGAAACCUAAGUUUGUUUAUAGACCAGUUACCAAUCCUAAACCAAAACCGCCUCUGAGGAGUUCGAACCGGGUUUCAACAUCAAACCCGUUUGAUGCCCUUAAGGACGAUGAUGGUAAUCAGGAAGGUAAAACUGUGGGGCGAAUAGAGAAAAAAGAUAAACAGGUGACUGAUAGGCAGGAUUCGGAUGAAGAGGAGGUAGUUGAAGUCUACAAUGAAACGAGGCGGAGUAGAGAGAGAAUUCUAGAGAGAGAAAGUAGUGAGAGAAAGUCUCUAGAGAGAAUCCGUGUUAUGAGAGUUGACUGGUCAAUAAGGAGCCAUUUGGGGUCUCGCAGUUUAUCGUAUAUGUUUGAGGAAUAUGGGUGA